CCCAAAUGGCUGACUACCAAUAUUCCCAGACAUGUGUUGGCUGGGUUGGUUCCCAAGAGCGUGGAGGCCUAUGACAAGCUUGAUAAGGUAGGCCAAGGAAGUUACAGCAAUGUGUACAAAGCUCGAGAUAGGGAGAGUGGAAAGAUUGUUGCCCUUAAGAAGGUCCGUUUUGAUACGACAGAACCUGAGAGUGUGAAGUUCAUGGCAAGAGAAAUUACGAUACUACUGAAAUUGGAUCACCCCAACAUUGUUAAACUUGAAGGAUUGGCCACCUCAAGAAUGCAGUUCAGUCUUUAUCUUGUUUUUGAUUUUAUGCCGACUGACUUGGCCCGAGUUAUUUCCCGCCCCGAUGUACGGCUUACCGAGCCUCAGGUCAAAUGCUAUAUGCAACAGCUACUCUCAGGUUUGCAGCAUUGCCAUGAUAAGGGGAUAUUACACCGCGAUAUCAAAGGAUCGAACCUGUUAAUUGACAGAAAUGGGAUGCUGAAGAUUGCAGAUUUCGGGCUUGCCAAUUUUUUUGGUCCAAAGAGGCAUCUUACCAAUCGUGUCGUGACACUUUGGUACCGAGCUCCAGAGCUAUUGUUAGGUGCUACUGAUUAUGGAGUUGGCAUUGAUCUAUGGAGUGCGGGAUGCCUAUUGGCAGAAAUGUUCAUAGGAAGGCCAAUUCUGCCCGGUCGAACAGAGGUUGAGCAACUCCACAAAAUUUUCAAGUUAUGUGGUACGCCAUCCGAGGAAUAUUGGAGAAAACUGAAGCUCUCACCAACUUUUAAACCUCCACAGUCAUAUCGACCUAGUCUUGGAGAAUUGUUUAAGCAUUUACCUUCAUCUUCUUUAGGCCUUCUGAGCAGUCUACUCGCGUUAGAGCCUUCGUAUCGUGGCUCUGCAUCUUUAGCCCUCGAGAGUGAAUUCUUUUACACAAGUCCAUUGUCAUGUGACCUUUCGGGUCUCCCUGUAAUCCACAGCGAGCAUGAUGAACCGAAUCCAACAAAUCAGCAAAAGUCCAGGAAUUCUAAAGUUACAAGGCGUUCUCAUACACACCGGGAGCAUCGAAGGAAAGUUUCAACCACUGAAAAACUGAAAGAAGAACCAAAAAUUCUAAAAGAGCUUUCGCAGCAAACAGGUGAUGCUAGCGAGCGAAGCGAAGAGCGAGGGAGCACUACGACGAGCACGUCCUCGAGUGUUAACACGGGAGGGCGAAAGGGGCACUCUCACUUCUUGCUAUCUCCAAUUCCAUCUUCUAAUAAGAAGUCUUCAAGAACCCAAGGCCAUCUUGAAGCUACCAAAAACCUCAACAACUUGCCUCAAUUGCCCAAGUCGAGACGGUACUCAACCCUCAAUGACGAAGACAACAGCACACAUGUCACGAGUCAGGUUCGGAGGUCGGUCUCAACCAGGGAUUUCAGGAACUUGGAGCGAAGGGAGCAGUUGAAAUUCUAUGCUGUUGAUGAUUAGGCUAUAUGUAAGAUCAUAUAUAACUGUUGGAAAGGUCUUUGAUUUUAGAUUUAUUUUUGUUUGUUAUAUGUUUUAGUUGUAAUAUUUUAACUUUUUCUCCUCCAACUAAUUCAUAUGAGUGGAAACUGAAAUAAUUUGCUGUUCUUAAA